AUGGCUGCUUUAGAACAUUUAAGUGAGAGGGACAAAGCUGUUUUGAGAAGCAUCUUCGAUCCUACUGCUACUAUUGGAGAUAUUGUUGAGGAUGCUGAUACUGAUAAAUUUGAUGAAGAGGAUGAUGAACCUGCCACAGAUAGCUACAAGGAGGCCUCCUCGUUGUGUGCUCAAGGAGUCUUACUAGCUGAAGCAGGCAAACUGCAAGAAGCAUUAGAAGUCCUGUCUAAAGGCGUUCAAGCUGCGCCUGAGCGAGCAGCGUCGUACAAUGACAGGGCGCAAUUGUUACGUCUAAUGCAGAAAGAUGAUGAUGCUAUGUUAGAUUUAGACGUGGCGCUAAAACUAACAGUUGGUAAGAAGAAUCGCGCUCGUGCACUGGCGCUUUGUCAGCGCGGCGUGCUCCUGCGCAAGAGAGGCGCGGACGACGAUGCUCGUGAAGCUUUUACGGAAGCAGCUAAAUUAGGCAGUAGUUUUGCUAAAAAGCAGGUUGUGGAAUUAAAUCCCUACGCAGCUCUCUGCAACCAGAUGCUGAGCCAAGUCAUGAGGGGAGAAAAGGAGAUCAAAUUGUAG